GUCUUCCAGCUCGGUACGUAUUCAUAACAGUGUCCAAUCAAGCAUCCAUCAUGAAGUAUAAUUUGAUCGUCGCACUCUUAUCACUGGCCACGCUUGGGUCCACUUUUGCUUCCCCACGAGCGUUGCGCUCUAACCAGGAUGGCAAAGUGGUUGGCGGAACUCCCGCCACGGAGGGUCAGUUCCCAUACCAUGCCUUAAUCCGAAUUAAACCGAACGGCAACCCAACCUGUGGCGGGGUCAUAAUCGGAAACGACCUCGUCCUCACGGUCGCCCAUUGUGUCGAAUACUUUUCCGCUAACCAGAUUUCCGUCAUUGGCGGGAAACACUGGCACGCUGAAACGGGGGAAAAUGAGCAGUACCGGGACGUUGUGAGUCUCACGAUCCACGAGUCGUACGACUGGGUCGACUUGGUCAACGAUAUCGCCAUCUUGCGGGUCGACACACCGUUCGAGUUUAAUCAGUACGUUCGACCCGUCCCACUUCCCGCUUUUAUGCACGAAACUACGGCGGAAAUGGUGGUGACGGGGUGGGGUGCGAUUCACCAGAAUGGGACGAGGCCUGAUGUACUUCAAUGGAUUCAGGUGCCCAUCGUGGAUGACCAGACGUGCCAAUACAUGCACCCCGACUAUUACGUGGAUCGCGCCAUGUUAUGCGUCGGACCGCUAGAGGGCGGAAAGGAGGCGUGUUACGGGGAUGCGGGUGGUCCAGUGGUGGAAGUCAAUGGAGGCCCGUUAGUCGGCCUGAUUGCCUGGGGAGCUCUGGAAGGGUGUGCCCUUCCCGAUAAGCCCAGCGUCAAUACGCAAAUUUCUUACUAUGUCGACUGGAUUAUUACCAACAGUGCUAAAUAAUUAAUAAAGGUUAAACUUUUUAUCACAAA